CGCAAACUUAAAGUAUGGCGCAAACACAAAGCUGUCGUACGAACUACAACACAAUCACAAAAUAAUCUUAUCUCGGGCUAUGACGAAAACACAAAGUUUCAUGCCUAUGAACUACGUAGUGCCAUUUAA